AUCUUUCACUGCAAUUCUAUAUUCUAAAGCACGGGCGCUGGGUGCCUCAUUUGCUGAAUUGCUGGGUUGGGUUCUGCCGACACAGAAAAAAUAAGAAAGAGAAGAGAACAUGGGAAGAAAGGAAAGAGAAGAAAUUGAGAGGGUUAUUCGCCUCACAAAAAGAGAGACAAAGAGGUGGAGAGAAUUGUUGGAUUGAUAGAGAGCGAGAGACAGAGAGGUGUUGUUGAGAUUGUUAUUCAUUUUGAGGCUUAUGGAUUUUCAGAGAGGAUGAGCGCAGUAUUGAAACAAACUGAGGUUAAGUCAAGAAUGAUGGGAGAUUCUUCUGCUUACAAAAACACGAUCGAUUGCUUCGUUAAAACUUUGAAGAAUGAUGGACCUUUGGCCUUUUAUAAGGGCUUCAUCCCAAAUUUUGGACGGCUAGGAUCUUGGAAUGUGAUCGUGUUUCUAACCCUUGAGGAGGCUAAGAAGUUCGUGAAAAGUAUAGAGUCAAAAUGAGAAGUGAAGCCAAGAGAGUGGACUUUGAUUGCAGGGGUAGCAUCUAGAGCAAACAAUAGUUGUUUUAGAGAAUAAUAAGGCCCUCAACGAACCUUUUUCUCCCAUACUUUUGCUAGCUGUGGAGAAUAAUCAUCUGAAGGAAAACUGCUUAUUGGAAACUCAGAAGUUUAGAAAUAAUUAGCAUUCAUUUUCUGGAUUACAUAUGUUUCCUUUGUCAUCAUAUUGAUGAAUUGUGAUUAUAAAAUUUGUCUAUCAAGACUCUAAUUGCUUUGUUUGCAAUGCCAAAUGCUAUC